UGACACGGACCCGUGGCUUGCAUAGCAUGCGACGCUUUAGAGAGCGUAUCUACAGAAUCGAUUCAACUGUCGCUACGUGUAGCACCGUAAAUAAUCAGGACCAUCAUGAAGAUGUGACCCAUGCGUCAUCAUGACGAGCCUAAAGAGCACUGCAGUCGAUCUGACUGUCGCAUUUGGCUACCCCACGAUGACGUUUAGACCAGUUGACGUGUCGCUAAUGUCGUUAGGGCAGCAACUGAUGAAAUGAGGACGGCACCUUAAUUAAUUUCACUUGUCCCUCUAAUAACUCUAAAUGUGCAAUGAGGGAGAGCUAGGCAUGCCGGACAAAGCCAGCCCCAGAAUGAGAAAGUUCUGCAAGCCUUUCCCGGCCUUGUGCAGUGACACAUUGGCUGCAUCCGAAUGUCCACCCUCAUUCCCUUUAUAGUUGCACACUAUAUGUAGCACACUAAUAGUGGUUCCUUCAUUCUGUUUGGCGAGUCGGAGCUUACAGUCCCUACUUUCUCCUCGUUGCGUAUCACGUGACCGCCGUAUCUUUUAAUGAAAUAAAAAGAAUUACCGUACUGAUUUCCAUGGUGUGUAGUUAUAAUACCCUUUGAGAUUCCCAGAAUCGCUCUUGUUUCCCUGCUCGCAAUGCUUUGUGGUCUAUAUGAACCUGGUGGAUGAACAUCAAUGCUCAUUGCUGUUGCAAAUGUGUUGUGGGUAAUUUGGAGUACCCUCUCUGGUUAUCCUCCCUGGACAUUCGGACAGCCCUACAAUAUGGCGUAACUCUGUAAUAGUGCAUUAAAUAGGGAAUAGAAUGCACAUUCGGACACAGCCAGAUCAUUUUUUUUGCCUCAGCCUGGAAAUACCAGCACCCAACAUUAGGUGUGCCUUCAUCUUGUGUUCAAAGGUGUAUAUUCAGCGUAGAUAAAUUUGGAUGCGUGAACUGUCCGUUGUCAGUGAAUAUUAUUGCAAAGCAUUAGAUCCUCCUGCAAUUUUUGGGGUGUUGUUUGUGUGUUUGUUUCAUAUUAUAAGACCGCGCUGAAAAAAAUAGCGACAAUAUAAGUGACCAGUUGACAUGGCUUGGGCGUUUGAUCACAUUCGUGUCCACUUCUGAAGUCAUGCAACCCCUAUUGCAGACGGCCAUAAAGGAUGCUGCAUGCUUGAUUAGAUAAACCUCAUUUAAUAACAAUAAGGCAAAAAAAGUUAACAGGACUGUUGUUCCUUGUGUUGUCUGCCAAAUUUGGAAAAAUAAAUCAGGAAAUGUGUUUGAUGUGAGUAAGUGUAUGUGGGGGUGUAGUUGUUUGAUGAAUCAGAGGAUGCACAAGUUGGACAAGACUGUGUUCCUGCGAUAAGAUUAAAAAAAAAGUGAGUGCUCAGUCCACAUGUACGUAACAUAAUAGGGCGUGACUUUCAAAGAAGCUCAGAGAAGUAAUCCUCGAAAAACCACUGCUGUUUUUACUGUAUGCUUGUUGAUUCGAAAGGGUUUCUUUACUUGGGUCUGAUAUAACAUUGGCAAUGCAAAAAGAAGGGAGGAAGGGGCCAGCAGGGGGAUGUUCAUCCUUGUGAUAAGUCUCAUGACUGGGAGACGCUCCCGUUGCUGUCGGCCAACUUCCCCACAGAGUUCCCAGCAGUCCGUGUUGUUUGUGUUGACAGAUUGUGCCACGAUUGCGGGAUGCUGAGACUGCUGCUCUGCUUGCUUGUCGCCUCAGUGGGCGGCAACACAAUCCAACAACUGGACAGCCAAGCUGAAGACAGACAAGCGGCAGGUGAGGUUGCCGUGACAACCAGGCCUCACAUCUACAAAUGCCGCUCGCCCAACCUGGAGGUGUUCACUUGCUGGUGGCAUCCGCUCGGUAACCUGACAGAAGGAGAGGAGGUGAACUACGUGCUCACUUAUUCCAGAGACAAAGGGCCCAAGCGUGAGUGUCCUGACUACACAAGCGCCGGUGCCAACAGCUGCCAUUUUGACAGCAGCCAUACAUUCAUAUGGAACAUCUACUGCAUGAAUGUCACGGCUGUCAUGGCUCGCCAAAACGUCACUUCACCACAGCACUGCCUCGAUGUGGCCGACAUUGUACAGACCGAAGCUCCGGUCAACCUAACUUACCAGUUGAUGGAUGCAGGCGGGGACGAGAUGGGUCAUGACGUGCUGCUGUCUUGGACGUACCCGAGACCCUCAGACCUCAAAUACGGCUGGAUCACGCUGGUGUACGAGUUGCAGUACAGACAAGUUAGCGAGCCUGACAAAUGGAAGGUUAAGCAGUCACUGCGAGAUCCUGAAGUCAAGCUGCUCGGCCUUCCCAUUAACGACUAUGUGUUUCGCGUACGGUGCCGCUCGCAAAACUACGGCUUGUGGAGCAAGUGGAGCCAGCCGUUGCUGAUGAACAUUCCUUCUCGGGCGCCAGCAGACAAACUCAUCAUGGUGAUUCUGGUGACAACCAUCAGCAUGGUGGCGAUCUUGGCCUUCUCUGUGUGUGUCAUUCCACAACGUGUGAGAGUGAAAAACUUCUUUUGGCCACCUAUUCCAAAACCACGUAUCAUCGGCAUUGACCCGUUGCCUUUGAAGAAGGGGAACUUGGAUGAAAUCAACCACCACCUGACUAAUUUCCAUGGCUUCGUAGCUCCAAGCUUCCUGGACACCGAGGUAUGGGAGCAGGUGAGCCUUGCCAACAUCGAUCUCGCCACGGCUAAAGACUGCCCCGAUCCCACCAAGUCACCCAGCCAGGUGUCGGAUGCCUUCACCAUCCCACACGACUUGACGCCCACCACAACUCUUCAACAACUCGUGAGCCAGCCUCCAACAGCACUCAUGCCAAGCGCAUACUGCAUGUGUCCUCCUCAAGCCUUCUCGCCAACCCCGUGGCCAGAGACCAAUUACAGCACGACGGGACAGCCAAAUGCACCCCCACCUGCCCUCUCUACAACCUGCCCCCCGCAGAACCUCUACAGCUCUGUGCAGCUCAUGAACUACAUCGAUGGGCUGCAAUUGGUGCCGUGCCCACCACCGGUCUGUAGCGAGCUCCCGCCACUGCCAGAGUCUAAAUUACAUGCCAGCGUAAAGGAGGAAAAUGAGAAGCUGGCAGACGACCAGGCCAAAAAGAAAGACCCUGCUUUAGCUAAUGAGAGCUGAGCAGAUCACAAGAUGCGGAGAACCACAAACGCAAUUGGAUUUGGUGGUUUAAAGGAACAUGAUAACUUCUUCCAUCUAGUCUGCCAUCAAAAGGUCCACAGCAGUGGAGACAAGAAGACAUUUGUCUUUGUUUUUGGGAAUCAUGCACCCACUUGAUUCUCUGAAAAAAAAAAAAUCUGAAUCAAAUUCGGAAAUUGAGUUUUGCGAGUCCAUGUAGCAGGAAGCCUGUUCCAACAUAACCUCAAUUGCCAUCUGGAUCUUCAUUGGAAUCGGAAGGCUUCCAAAAGUUGGAAAUUGAUGGCAGAAGUGAAAUACCUCCCUCUCCCGUCCACAAAGGUGCAGAAGAGGGACCCUGCCCAGCUAGUAGAUAACGUAAUGAUAGUUAAUCUAUUUUCAUUUGUGAUGUGUCAUUGGGAAAAUACCCCUCAUAUCUCCAUCUCCCAGUCAACAAACAUCAUCGAUGCGUGCUGGUGGUGGACCCCAAAAAGCAGGGAAGAGGCAGGAGCAGGGUGUACUUGACGAAUUGUAUUUAAAACAAGAAAACUAAAUCCAAAACAAAGUCCACAGUAACAAAUAAAAACUAUCACUAACCAAAACACUACUAGAACAAACAUGACAGCAGCAAAGGAACAGCGAACAAACAAACAUGACAGUAGCAAGAGCAAACAAUGACCGGACACCGAGGGUUCGGGCAGGAGUCCUUUUAUGCACUAAUUACCUAAUGACCAACAGGUGUGCAGCUGCUGGGGGAGCCCUACAGUGCCACCUGUUGGUCCCAAACCGAAUCAUGAUACCCAGAUUUCGGUGCCACGUCCCUGUUCAAAAUGUGCUUGGUUUCAUUGUAAACUUGUAAACAUUGUAAAUCAACCACGGUACUUUGAAUGUUUUCGAUGCUGAGUAACCAGAUUGUGUUUUCUGUUAUGUGUUAUGUAAUACAUUCUAUUUCCAAAACAUGUUUAUGGAGAGGAAGAAGAGAUUGUACAUAGUGUCUAUCUGAUAUUAUAAUUACAAUGGAUGAGGAAAACUACAGUAUGACUUUUCCCCUUUGGUGUGGGUCAAACAAUGAACCAGCUCACCCACAAAGACAUCCUGCUGCUUUUGCUUCAUCCAGAGCAUGAGAAGAGGUGAGAGCAGUGGUAGGACAACUUGUGGUUGCUUCAACUUGACAACACAACUCCUCACAAUGCCCUGAGCAUCUGACAGUUCCUGGCUGAGAAGAACAUCAGCCCUGCUGGAACAAACUCCCUUAUCUGUACUCGCCCAACCUGGUGGUUUUUCCUCUUUCCAAAGCUCAAAGAGACCCGUUUUAAGACAUGGAUAACAGAAAUUCAUGAAGGUGUGGGAGAGAAGGCUGGGAAAGUGUGUUCGACUCCAGGUGGAUGACUUCCAAGGAGAACACUUGCAGUUUGGAUUCGAAAUAUACUGUAACUUUUGUAACACCUCAUAUGUUGCGACUGCUUUUCUUUACAAAGCAUCUUUUGGCGGGCUUAUUGUAAAGGGCAAAUAAAGAUGUGCCACAGUUA